AUGAACUCUCCAUCCGUAGUGGAAAAUCAUGUGCCAGAGCGUCGCCCCGAUGAGGUUCUGGGGAACCCAUCUGAGACGUUGUACAUUCGAAAUAUCGAAGAAAAAAUCCGGAUUACCAUGCUGAAACAAAUUUUGGAACACUUGUUUGGAGCGUACGGCAAGAUCCUCAGUGUUCACGCCAGAAAGACACUGCGUAUGCGCGGACAGGCGUUUGUUGUUUUUGAAAAUCUUCAAGAUGCUAGCCGUGCUCUUCAAGAUUUACAAGGAUAUCCGUUGUAUGGAAAACCAAUGAUGAUUCAAUUCAGUCGAACCAAAAGUGAUGCCAUCUUACAGCUUCAGGACCCAAAGCAAUUAGAAUCGCAUAAACUGCAACGUCAUGAACGAAGAGAACAUUUGAAACGUACAGGUGCACUACAACCACCUGCACCCAAACCUGCUCAUAAGAAACAGCCUGUGAAACGUGCUGCUGCAGGCGAACGGAAAUUUAAUAUUAACGAAGAUCUGCUUCCUCCUAAUAAGGUUCUUCUACUUCAAAACCUUCCACAAGAAGUCACGGCUGAAAUUCUUACACAAAUUUUCGAAGCAUAUCAAGGUUUUCAAGAGGUUCGUAUGGUUCCGGGACGCAGGGGUAUUGCCUUUGUUGAAUAUGACACUGAAAGAGAGGCUGGUAUUGCAAAAAAUGGCACAGCGGGUAUGGCCCUCAGUGGCAGUCAGGUUAAAGUAACCUUCGCCAGAAAAGCCUCUUAG